GCCGAAAAUAACGACGCGGACGAAGCAUGGAGCGCCUCCUCGACCGCGAGUUCAUGCGCAUCGAGUGCGCGCUCGAGAAGAACUUCGAGUACCUCGAUAAGCUGGACCGGCAGCGGGACGAGGCUCUGCUGCGCGAAUACGAGCGGUCCUUGGAACCGCCGCCAGCCACAGACGCCGCCAAGCCCAAGAAGAAGGCGGCGCCCAAGAACACGAGCAUGUAUGUCAUGGGCCUCACAACCUACAUUGCUUGCAAGCAGCUCGAGUCGAUCUGCGCACGUCUUGGCCGCGUCAAGCGCCUACAAGGACGACCGCGGUGGGCUCAAGGGCGACGCACUGGUCACGUUUGUGACCCACGCGAUGCUGGAAACCGCGAUCGCCAAGCUCAACAAUGCAGAGAUCAAGCCUGGCGUUCGCAUCACUGCAAAGGCAGCCGAGUUCAACAAAAAGACGAGACCGACGCGCCCAGUAUCGCGCCGCUGGAGCCGCCGCCAAUGGCCGAAGGCGCGGACGCGGUCACAGCGUUCCUCAACGAAAUGCAGCAGCGGUUGUCAGGGCCCGUUGCCGCUGCACCAGACGCACAUGUGGUUGCCGCAGCCGACCCACCUGCGGUUGCCGCACCCGUCAUCACGACUGCGGACGGCGCACCCGAGCUUUGCCAUCAUGACGAGCACGUGCUAGAGACGCCGUCCCGCUCGAUUCUCUUGUACAAUAUUGUCGAUGACGGCGACGCCGACGACGAGAGCUUGGACUUGGAAGACGACUUGCAGAUGGAGUGCAGCAACUACGGCAAGGUCACGCGGCUGCAGAUCUUCCGCGACAAGAACGUCGUAGCCGUCGAGUUUGAAGCGCUGCCCAGUGCGAUCAAGUGCCUUGAAGUCAUGAACGGCCGGUGGUUUGGCGGCGCGCAGAUCCGCGCGUGCUACGACCCGUCGCGGCCUGAGGAGCCUGAGGACGAAGACACGAAGCUCCUCGCGUUCCUCGCGUCCGUUUAA